GUUCCCCCUCCCGGCCCUCUCGCUUGGUGAACCCUCCUGCUCUGAGCGCGCUUCGCUUGCUGUGAGCGGUCUCUCAGCAGCCUGUUGCUUCCAUCUUCUGGAUCUUUGUUCUCUCCGCUCUGGGGGUUUGGCCCUGACCAUUGGACCAUUGUGCGUGCACACGUGGACUGGUUCAAGACGACGGCAACCGCUACCGCGUGAAGGAGGAGGGACCGUCGGUCGGUGGAGCGGCACUAUGGACAACGCGCAGCAAAACGAGGCUGAUCAUGACUACGAGUCACUGCCAGACCAUGCCUCCGCCGGCACUCAUAUGCUGGCGGGCGGCGCUGCCGGCAUGCUCGAACACACAGUCAUGUUCCCCUUUGACGUGAUCAAGACCCGGCUGCAGACUUCAAACCAGUACAGUGGCAUGAUCAAUUGUGCCCAAUCCAUGCUCCGCCACGAGGGCCCAAGCUCCUUUUUCAACGGCAUCCGUGCUGUCCUCCUCGGGGCCGGUCCUGCCCAUGCUCUUUACUUUUCCGCCUACGAACAGGGCAAGGUCGCCUUCAACGCCCACGACCAUCACAUUUCCGGCAACGUCGGAGCGGCAGUCUGUGCCACUGUGGCUCAUGAUAGCUUUAUGAACCCCAUCGAGGUCAUCAAACAGCGCAUGCAGGUUCAUAACAGCCCCUAUCGCAGCGUCGUGGACUGCGUCAUGCGCGUGGCCCAACGCGAAGGCGUGGGCGCGUUUUAUCGCUCCUUCAGCACCUCGUUGAUCAUGAACAUUCCGUUCCACAGUGCCUACAUUGUCCUCUACGACAACACCCAACGCCUCGUCAAUCCGAGUGGCGAAUACAGCCCCUCUGCUCACUUUGUGGCCGGUGCCUUUGCCGGUGGUUUAGCGGCUGCCGUCACCACACCCCUUGAUGUGUGCAAGACGUACCUCAACACUAAUGAGCAAUGCCGCGGUGCCAAGGUGGCCGGUGAUGCCGUCUCUAGUAAUUUCCUGACUGGUGCCGUCAUUGCUGCCCGCAAUCUGUAUCGCCGCGACGGCUGGAUCGGCUUUACGCGUGGCUGGGCCGCGCGUAUGAUGUUCACCGCCCCGGCCGGUGCCAUCUCCUGGUCUGUGUACGAAGCCUUCAAGCAUUUUAUCCAACACGACGUCGAGGAACCGCCGACUCACCACGAAGCAGCGGCGCCCGUGCCACGUCAAGCAUCAACCGCCCAGGCCACAAGCGCAUAGCCGCCCUUCCGCGGCUCCCACCCACCGCCGCGCGGUGGUCCCCGCUCUCUUUUCCGACUUGCUCUUCUACCCUGCUCUCUUCCCAACACUGCCUGCUCCUGCGCAUGCAUUUCCACCGUCUCUCCCUCGUUGUUCUCUCUUCAGUGUCGUCCAUCUUUUGUUUUUUUGUUUUUCCUCUGCAUGUCUGGGACGCUUUUUAAUAUGGCGCUCUUGAUUUUCUCGCCAUCUGGGUACGGGUUGGUGUGUUUGCUACUUAUACACACGGGUUUGUUUAUUCUGUGUUUGAUUGGUUUUUGUUCUUGGUUUUUUUUUUACGCCUUUUGCUCCCCGUGGCAAUCCUGCCCGCCUUCUAGUUUGGCCGUUUUGGCCGUUCUCGCGCGAGUGCUGUACUGCGUACGUGAAACGAGGCAGCAGUACUCCUGCAGAUCAGCGGUUUGGGGUGCCUGUUUGUGUCAAGGCUUUGACUGUUCCUUUUCCAGCGCCCACUUAGGGGAUGUCUUGUUGAUCUGACAACGGCCAGCUUUGAAUUGAUUUUAGGUACACGUC